AUGAGGGGACUCCUGUCGUUUUACCGGGGCGCGUGCACCCUGAGUAACCGUCAAGCCAGACGAAAAGCUGGGAUUGUCGGUUCUCGGUGCGGGUUUUGCGGAACUCAGUCUAACAGCAAGCCACAGCCAAACUUUGGACUGUUGUUUGACAUUGAUGGCGUGCUUGUUCGGGGAAGGAUGCCAAUCCCUGCUGCAAAAAAGGCUUUUGAGAAGUUGGUCGACUCUCAGGGACAAUUUGUGGUGCCAGUUGUUUUUGUCACAAAUGCAGGGAAUUGCCUCAGACAAACAAAGGCAGACCAGCUCGCUCACAUCCUGGGAGUACCUAUUACACAAGAUCAGGUCAUCAUGUCGCAUAGUCCCCUGAGGAUGUUUAGGAAGUUCCAUGACAAGUGUGUGCUGGUGUCCGGACAGGGACCAGUCCUGGAAAUUGCUAAAAAUGUGGGCUUUAAUAAUGUCAUCAGUGUUGAUAUGCUGAGGGAAUCAUUCCCAUUGAUGGACAUGGUGGAUCACAACAGGAGACCCAAACUGCCGUCCAAUACUGUUGGCAACCUUCCCAUGGUUGAAGCCGUGGUUCUGUUCGGGGAGCCGAUUCGAUGGGAGACCAACCUGCAGCUGAUCAUUGACAUUUUGUUGACCAAAGGUAACCUCGGCAGUGUUCACCAAACCCAAAAGAUGCCUCACCUCCCCCUGCUGGCCUGCAACAUGGACCUCAUGUGGAUGGCUGAGGCCCAUUCUCCACGGUUCGGCCAUGGGACAUUUCUGGUGUGCCUGGAGAACAUUUAUAAGAAGAUAACGGGUAAAGACUUGAAGUAUGACGCGCUCAUGGGAAAACCCAGUGAGAUGACCUACCACUUUGCAGAGUACCUCAUCAGAAGCCAGGCCAUGCAGAGGCAAUGGAAACUCCCCGUCACUUCCCUUUACGCUAUAGGGGAUAACCUAAUGACUGACAUCUAUGGCGCCAACCUAUACAGCCGCUACCUGGAGGAGAGAGUCGCCAGAAAGAACCCCAAAGCCGUCGUUGCUAAGAUGGUCUCCGCCACAGGGUCCACCACUGCAGUGCCCCAGGAGGAGGAGAGCGACAAUAUGUGGGAGAGCGAGCUAGCGCUGCCCUCUGCCACUUCCUGUAAAUCCAUCCUAGUCUGCACAGGGGUCUACAACCCCAACGUAGAGGUGCCGUCUGACGCAAGUCACUGCAUCAAAGAGACUGUGUUCCACGGGCACCGGGACUUCAGAUUCGACCCCGCGCUGGUGGAGCCGGACCACAUAGUGCAGGAUGUGGCAGAUGCUGUUGACCGCAUCUUUGAGCUGGAGAAGUUUGUGCCUCAGUAG